CACAUGUCAUUGGCCAGAUGGCGCUCGCAACACCCAAACAUUCUCCAAUCGACGCCACUAGUAGGACAAGGAUGCAUCAUAGGUUAUUUCCCUAGGCCUAAGCAAGAAAAACGAUGGUAGAGCGAUGGACCACCGGCUUUAAAUUCUGCCAUCAUCCCUAGUCGCCCUGCUUCAUCCCGCAAAUCGUCGUUUGAUACCAAAAUUCACACCGAAAGCCGCUUAUUAAACCCAAAGGGGUUUCACAGUUCUGAUUGCCUUUGCCCCUGAUCGAGGAUUGCUCACUUUCCAAUACCACUCAGCGGACAUCUCUUUUCCCUUGGUGUCGGUCUGUUCUGUUGCAGGGAUGUCGCACACGAUACUGCUGGUGCAGCCGGGACGUAAUCCGGAAACGCGCACGUACAGUGACUACGAGAGCGUCAACGAGUGCAUGGAGGGUGUUUGUAAAAUCUAUGAGGAGCACCUGAAGCGCCGCAACCCGAACACACCCACAAUCACCUACGACAUCAGCCAGCUGUUUGAUUUUGUAGACCAGCUGGUUGAUUUGAGUUGCCUCGUAUACCAGAAGUCGACCAACACCUACGCGCCGUAUAACAAGGAAUGGAUCAAGGAAAAGAUCUACGUGCUGCUCCGACAGGCCGCCGGCAACACAGACUAACGGAUAGCCCCUAAGUAACCAAGAGGAACUAGCUGGUAGGAGAUGUGUUGAGGGUGGACAGCAAGCAGAUCUCCCGUCCCGGACACCAGAAGCUGAAUUAUGUUAGCUAGGACAAAACCGCAGCAAUGGGGAAGGAAACCAACCACAUUCACGCGUAAGGAUCGAACGAAUCAUGAUUCGAUCCGAUAGAUUUGGUAUAUAUAUAUA